AUGGAGUUCUACCUCAUAGUAUCAAUACUUGUUGCAACAAUCUUCUCUAUUCUUGUACACCGUUUAUUACUUCAUAUCCUCCACAGAAAGAGGGUAAAGAACCAAAAACCACCACAAGCAAAAGGGGCAUGGCCGAUAAUCGGACACCUAUACCUUCUAGGUGGACCUGAUCUACCUCACAAGGUUUUAGGUGACAUGGCAGAAAAACAUGGCCCUAUCUUCACCAUCAAGCUUGGUGUUCAUCAAGCUUUGGUGGUAAGUGAUGCAGAGAUUGCUAAGGACUGCUUUACUACCAACGACAAGGCCUUUGCAAGUCGACCGAAAAUGGAGGCAUCAAAAAUCAUGGCCUAUAAUAAUGCGGUGUUUGGCGUGGCUCCAUAUGGGGACUAUUGGCGACAAGUGCGCAAGAUGGUCGUAUUCGAGGUUCUUUCUCAACGAAGAGUUGAAAUGCUUGGACAUAUUCGAGCUUCAGAAGUUAGAGCAUCCCUUAAAGAUUUAUAUGAUGGGUGGGGAACGAAUAAACUUACUGGAAGUUCAGAGUCACAGAUGGUAAAGGUGGAGAUGAGUCAAUGGUCUGGGAACUUGGUUUUAAACAUUGUGGUUAGGAUUAUUUCAGGAAAGAGGUUUUCGCCAAAUGAUGAAGAAGGGGUUCGAUUUCAGGCUGUCGUAAGGAAAUACUUUGAGUUGUUUGGAGCAUUUUUGGUUGCUGAUUUUAUACCUUAUCUCAACUGGUUGGAUGUGGGUGGAUACAAAAAAUUGAUGAAGAAUACUGGGAAGGAUUUGGAUAAUAUCUUUGACCGAUGGUUAAAGGAGCACAAACAGGAGAGUGCUUCGGAAGAUCAAUUCCCGGGUUUUGGCCAUGAUACAAUUAUCAAAGCGACAAGUCUACAAAUCCUAGUAGCAGGCGUUGACACGACAUCUGUGACAUUAACGUGGGCUUUAGCAUUGUUGCUCAACAACCCAAAAGCAUUAGAAACUGCCCAAGAUGAAAUUGAUGAGCAUGUUGGAAGGGACAGGCUGGUAGAGGAGUCAGAUUUGAAGAACUUAGUCUACCUGGAUGCCAUCAUCAAAGAGACUUUGCGCUUAUACCCAGCUGGACCUCUCUCUGUUCCUCAUGAAUCAGUGGAGGACUGCAUUGUGGGUGGCUACAACAUUCCAAAAGGAACUCGUUUGGUGUUAAAUCUUUGGAAGUUGCAACGUGACCCAAAUAUCUGGUCAGAUCCCGAGGAAUUUAAGCCUGAGAGAUUCUUGACAAGUCACAAGGAUAUCGAUGUCAAGGGAAACCAUUAUGAAUUGCUUCCUUUUGGUAGUGGUAGAAGAAUGUGCCCUGGUGUUUUAUUUGCCCUUCAGGCUUUGGUUUUAACGCUAGCUAGUUUGAUACAACAGUUUGCGCUCAAAAAACCAUCAAACGAACCUGUUGAUAUGACUGAAAGCAUGGGGAUGACUAAUAGCAAAGCAACACCACUUGACGUUCUUUUGAGCCCUCGUUUACCCUCUAAUAUGUAUAAUGUCGGUUCGUGAUAUAUCAACUUCAAAUCUCCUACAAAUCCCACUCCAUCAAUCAUUCUCUAUAAAGCAUUCAAUUAUGACGGGGGCAAGCAAGAUAACCCUAUUAGGACAGCCAAUGUGGAAGGCGAUCGAUCUUGAGUAUGGUUUUUGAAUACUCCUAUUACUUAUAUAGUUAAUAAAAGCUUGAUAAUGAUUAUGUAAUGAAGUCA